CGCCGCAUCGGUAUGCCGACCGAUGAGCAGGGAGACGGAAUGAUAAGCAGCCUGCGCCAAGAAAAGGCGGCGAGGAUCAUGAACCACCAUGAUGGCGGCGUCGAGGUCGGGAUCCAUGCAUGUGAGCGCGAGACGUGACCAACUCCCCCUCCUCCUACAGUCCUGCUCCCUUUUACAGCUCACAAAGACGAAGCUUGGAGGAGGCUGGUGACCUUGGGGCCAUGCCAUGCGCUUUGCCUCCGCGAGUCCCACCCUCGAGUACUAGGCCGGGGUAAAAUACUGGAUCCCGAACUCGGAAAGAUGGCGUCGGUGCGAGUGGCACCCAAUCAUGGCGCCGGCUCGCGCUGCCCUCCCCCUUGGAAGCUUUAUCACAACCCCCACUACUCCCCGCGCGGCAUCAUCCACCUCUCCUCCUCCCCGCGCCCACCUCACCAAACCGAGAAUCUCGAUUCGCCUAUGAUCGUCGUGCCCGAGGACGGCGGCAGCGAAGAGGCGGUGGAGCUCGACCAGGGGUACGGCGCCAUGUCGUCGGAGCUGGAGCUCUGCGUGGCGCGCAUCAGGGGGCUGCGGGCGGAGCUGGAGUUCGAGCGGCGCAUGCGGCGCAAGGCUGAGGCGCUGAGCGAGGCGCUGGCGGCGGAGCUCGCCGAGGAGCGGCGGCGGGGCGAGGCCGCGGAGGCCGAGUGCCGCGCGCUGCGGGAGGAGGCCGGCGCCGCGCGCGAGGAGGCGGAGCGCGCGCUGGAGGGCGUCGAGGAGGAGCGGCGCAUGCUGCGUGUCGCGGAACUCUGGCGCGAGGAGCGGGUGCAGAUGAAGCUCGCCGACGCGAGGGCAGCGGUGGAGGAGAAGCUGAGGGAGAUCGACGACGCCGUCGCCGUGCUCCAUACGACCACCUCCGCCAGCGACAACCACAAGAGCAGCUGCAGCCCGAACGGCAAGGCAAGCCCGACGAGUCAACACGGUCAACAGAGCCCGAGCCGGAGUCAACACGGUCAAGAGAGCCCGAGCCGGAGUCAACUGCACCGGCGCGAGGCCGGCGGCGGCGAGAACCCGCACAUCCGGAGGGGGAUCAAGGGGUUCGUCGAGUUCCCCAAGGCGGUGCGCGUGCGGCCGCGCGAGGAGAGGGCGGACCUGGUGUCCAACCUCGAGUGCCAGCGGGCGCAGCUGCGCGUCCUCAUGCGGCACCGGAACCCCGCCGCUGGCAUGGAGCUCGUCGGCGCAUCAGAGAACCUGGUCGUCUAGUGUACUAACGUCUAAUGCAGUAUGUAAGGUGGUGGUGCCGCCUCUGUUUUUGCUCUGCUUUUUUUUUCUUUUUUUUUUAUCUCAUCUUCUGGGCAUUCUCGCAUUUUGGUACAGAAUGCUUUGGCCUAUUAACGGUGAAUUAUGGUGCUAAUCAUGUAAUCUACUAAUAGAACUUUGUAUAAAUCAUGGCAAGAAACAUGAUGGAUAUCGUUCUUGGACUGCUCAAACAUCACAGCUUACUCUUGUUGGCUACUCCUAGCAAGUAACUAGUACCAUGGCAUGGAUCUCUAACAACAGAGUGAGGUAAUGCAACAUAGAACUGAAACCAGUCAGACAUACCACUGGCCAAAAUGCUACCACUCCACUAUGCAACUACACCUACUUCUGGAACCACAAGUAUUGUUCGUUAAAG